UUCAAUGGAAUGCCCUAUUACGGGCUUAUUUCAUUACGCGCCUAUGCAAAGAAGUUAUCUUAUUUCUAUUCCGUUUCCUCAGCACCGAUUACUGAUUCAGUGUUUAAGGAAACGCUCCCUUUCAAAGACGCUCCCCACUUUGCCCUCUCCCCUUCUCCCACUUUCUCACCUGAAAAAAGCAGACGGACAAUCCUUCAUUGCAGGGUCAGCUUGCAAGCAAGGAAAAAAUCGAGAAAGAACGAGCAAGACUGGCAGUGCUGAUGAAUUGAAUAGAGGAUAUUUUGAUGAUAUGUCUGAGCUAAAACAACAUGGUGCCAGGAAGUUUCAUGCCGUGGAUGUUAUAUAUUCUGAUGGUAGAAAAUCAAAGCUGCUGAUUGUUUUUGAUGCUAGCAAGUUGGUUGUCCCUGAAGCAUCUUUAGUCUGUCUAUCAUUUAGAGCAAACUCUCAGGCUAUGGUCGAUUCUUGGGGCAAGCCUUUUUAUGACACCUUUAGUGAGUCCAAGAGCGUGCAACUAUAUGAGAUUUACACGCGACCUUUUAUUUUACUGCCAACUUCAGCCGUUGAGGGCCCGGGAAAUAUCAGAGAAGGCAUUGUUGAGAUUCAGCAGAGAAGGCAUUGUUGAGAUUCGCAAACUCAAUAAAUUUUGACAUCUUUGGUUAGAAAGAGUUGGAAUCUUUAUCGCAAUAUGGGUUAAGUUUUGACAUCAGAUUUCGGAUUGUCCCCAAUUGGUCUCUUUGGAAAUAGAAAAGAUAUUGCAACUUCACAAGAUUUCGAGUGUUGAAUAUAUAGAAAUAAAAUGUUUGUGCCUUUUCUUUUGGAUGCUUCAGUGAUCCUAAUACCAAUGUAUAAGUAGAAAAAUAAAAAUUUCAAACUAUUUAUAUAAUUUUAUUAUGUUGGUACCAAA